CGGGGAGCCGCCGCCGCCGCCGCCGCGAAGGCUGACCAAGCUUCCCACCACGCUCCGCCCCGCCUUCGGCCAGCCUUCGCCGAAGUUGGGAACAUAGUGCCCCUCUUCCCUUCUCUCCAAGCUAUCUGUAUGCUACCAUGCUACUACAGAAUAAAGUGGACAAAUGAAUCUCACAAGAGCCCGCAUGACCUGGACCCUGAAGACAUCUCUAGCCUCUUUAAUUCCACCAGAUUGGUCUUCCGGUUCCCAUAAUAGCCAUUUGUUCUUUUGCAUCUUCUCUUUGCACAUGCUGUUCCCUCUGCUUGGAACACCCCCACAGCUUUGCCCAGUUAAGGAAGGAGGCUUGCUAGCUGCUUCUAGCCUUUUCCUCUUAAAACAUUUUGAUUGCUGAUCCACCAGUCUGUAGCUCCUUAAAGGAAAGGGCUGUCUUGAUGACCACUGUAACUUCUGCACCUACUAUAGGGCCCGCCUCUUAAUAGAUAAUACAUAUUUUUUAAAGACUGAGAAAGAGGUGCCUGCACACACAUGAGUGGGGGUACCGGCAGAGGGAGAGAAUCCCAAGCGGACUCCCAGAGGAGUGUGGAGUCCCACUGGAGACUCAAUCUCAGGACCCAGGAGAUCAUGACCUGAGCCGAAAUCACAAGUCCCACACUUAACCGAUUGAGCCACCCAGGUGCCCCAGUAAUAUACAUAUUAAAUUAUUUCAUUUCCCUGUACAGCUUGGUUCUUUAAUCCACUGUGUGCCUGGUCGCUAGGCAUAAGAUUUUUAGAAUCAUGGAGCAGGGGAGUAAAAUGAGCCUCGGCCGAAAUUUCCGGAUUUCCAAGCCAUCAGAGGAGAGGAAAUUCCUGAUGCCACGAUCCCAGGGUUUUCCAGAGCUGAAGAAUGACACGUUCCUGCGAGCAGCCUGGGGAGAAGACACAGACUACACUCCCGUUUGGUGCAUGCGGCAGGCAGGCCGCUACUUACCAGAGUUUAGGGAAACUCGGGCUGCUCAGGACUUUUUCAGCACCUGUCGCUCCCCAGAGGCCUGCUGUGAAUUGACUUUGCAGCCACUGCGCCGCUUCCCUCUGGAUGCUGCCAUCAUCUUCUCUGACAUCCUUGUUGUACCCCAGGCACUGGGCAUGGAGGUGACUAUGGUGCCUGGCAAAGGGCCUAGCUUCCCAGAGCCAUUAAGAGAAGAGCGGGACUUAGAACGUCUCCGGGAUCCAGCAUCAGUGGCCUCCGAGCUGGGCUAUGUAUUCCAGGCCAUCACCCUCACCCGACAACGGCUGGCUGGGCGUGUGCCGCUGAUUGGCUUUGCUGGUGCCCCGUGGACUCUGAUGACAUACAUGAUUGAGGGUGGCAGCUCAAGCACCAUGGCUCAGGCCAAGCGUUGGCUUUACCAGAAACCACAGGCUAGUCACCAGCUGCUUCACAUUCUCACUGAUGCUCUGGUCCCAUAUCUGGUGGGACAAGUGGCCGCUGGUGCCCAGGCAUUGCAGCUCUUUGAGUCCCAUGCAGGGCAUCUUGGCCCACAGCUCUUCAGUCAGUUUGCGCUGCCCUACAUCCGUGAUGUGUCCAAGCGGGUGAAGGCCAGGCUGCAGGAGGCAGGCCUGGCACCAGUGCCCAUGAUCAUCUUUGCUAAAGAUGGACAUUUUGCCCUGGAAGAGCUGGCCCAAGCUGGCUACGAGGUGGUUGGGCUCGACUGGACAGUGGCCCCAGAGAAAGCCCGGGAACGUGUGGGAAAGACGGUGACCUUACAGGGCAACCUGGACCCCUGUGCUCUGUAUGCAUCUGAGGAGGAGAUCGGACAGCUGGUGCAGCAGAUGCUGGAUGACUUUGGGCCACAGCGCUACAUUGCCAACCUGGGCCAUGGACUUUACCCUGACAUGGACCCAGAACACGUCGGGGCCUUUGUGGAUGCUGUGCAUAGACACUCACGUCUGCUUCGACAGAACUGAGCAUACACCUUUUCCCUCAACUACCACUAACAAAGAUGAUUGUUUCCAGGAGAAUAAAAGUUGUAGAGUUGGAAUCUAA